AUGGGAGGAGUUAGAUCCUCGUGUGUAAUACACAUCCUCAAUCAUACCUUCUUACUGAUUCGAUUCAUAGGUUUUCGUGUGGAGCCAGCUCGCAGAUUUCAGCCUGGACAGAUCUUCAAGAUUUACUGGUCCGAGCCAAAACGAAGCGGUGGUAAAACCGCGCUGCCUUUCUUGGAUCAAAAUGUGGCCAUGGGCUUCCGUCGAUUUAUUAUCAUUGCCAACGAUGCCGGGCACUGCACCUGCGUACCUGUUCUUACGUAUCACGGCAAAGCAUGUAAGAUGAAAGGCGUCAAACCCAUGAAGCAUGGGGUCAUCUACGAAAAGGGGAAGAAGCCACGACUUCUCUCCGGUGAGCCUGAACUUGGCUUUCCCCCUGUUCAGGCUCAGAUAACUGAAGCUGGGGAAAGGCUCUACAGGGAACAUCGGGUGGACUACUCCAAGCUGACCACGGUCGAGCACAGCGUUAAGGUCUUCUUUAUUGGGCACAUCGAAGGCAGAGAUUUUGAUGUUGUUUCGGAUGCUGUCAAUCAAUGUUGGGAGGAAAAGAUACAUAGACACAAGCGGGGAAAGGGGUCCGACGAGAGAGAAUCUUCAACUCAUCCGUCAUACAGCUGA